AAAGGCACUAUAACCGAGAAGAAACAAAACAAACACACCACUGCCAACAGAGAGAAAAUCUCCAGAGAGCCGUCUCUCGCUCCUCCUCCCCAUUCUCUCUCCUCUCUCUUCCUCCGCUCUCUGUCUCUCUCCGGUCUGCGAUCCCGAUCGCCCCAAAUCUUUGGAAACCCUAAUUUCUGAACUCGCACAUUGCUCAGAAAUUUUCGAUCACUCUGUAUUUUAUUAAUCCGCUUUUGCCCCUUGUCGUUGAUCAAGAAACUUGUCGACGUCGCUUUCGCAAACCCUAGCGUUUUUGUUUGGUUCUUGUUAUGGCUGCGAUUAACGCCGCGAACAAGGGUAGCAACACUGAAACGGCGCCGUCUGCGACCGUGCAGUCGCCGCGUAACGUCGGCAAGAGUGUCAGCAGCCCGACCCAAUCGCGGCGCGCCACUAGGGCUGUCUCGUCUCCUUGGACUCAAAUCGUUCGGGGCGAAUCUGAGCCGAUUGCGGCCGUUGCUUCGUCGCCAUCGGCGGCUGUGACUGAGCCAGUUGUCGCCGCCGCGGCCCCUCCGUCCCUUCCUUCCUCUUCUUCGGUUAAUCAGACUCAAUCUAACUCGUCUUCUCAGUCGAAUUCGUCUUCUCCUCCACCGGUGGAGGAAUCGGUGGGUGAGGGCUCAGAGAACGGCAAUGCGGGUAAGAGGCCAGCUUGGAACAAGCCUUCUAAUGGGGCCGUUGAGGUUGGGUCUGUAAUGGGAGCUGUGUCUUGGCCUGCCUUGUCUGAGUCGGCUCGGGCUUCUACCAAAUCGUCUUCUGAAUCUCCCAAAGGUGUAUCAGAACCCUCGUUGUUGUCUAUCUCCGUAUCGCAGGGGACUGGAACCACACCUACCUCAUCACCGAAACAAGGGAAUCCUUCUACUCCAAACCAUACUGGACCUACUCGCCAAAAAUCGAUGAAACGAAAUAAUUCAAAUGCAUCCUCUAAUGGCGGUGCCCCCCUGCAUCAAUCAUCUGCUGGUCAAGGUGUUGAACUGCCUUCAAAUAACCCAUCUCCCAAGGAGCAUACCCCUAGGAAUGCAUUUGGUUCACAAUCUCACAGCAAUAAUGAUCAUCCGCAGCAACGUAACUCCUUCAGGAACCGAAAUGGUGGUUCACAUCCUCGUGGAGAAGGUUCUCAUCAUAACUAUAGGCGGGAUCAGGACCGUGGAAAUCAAGAUUGGAACACUCAUCGAAACUUUAACAAUAGAGACAACCACAUGCAUUCUCCAAGAGGUGUUCCUAGGAUGAUGAGGCCUCACCAAACACCACCUCCACCACCUCCUAAUGCUGCCCAAUUUAUUCACCAACCGCAGAUGAGGGCUUUUGGUGGUCCUAUAGGGUUUGAUAUGCAACCUCAUCAACUGGUAUAUGUUACACAUGCACCACAUGAACCACUUGUACCUUUUGUUGCACCUCUGAGACAUCCCAUGAUGUUUCCUGCUCCAGAUCCUCACCUGCAUACUAAGAUCAUAAACCAGAUAGAUUAUUAUUUCAGUAAUGACAAUUUAAUUAAAGAUACAUACUUGAGGCGGAACAUGGAUGACCAGGGAUGGGUUCGUAUUAAAUUAAUAGUAGGCUUCAAAAAAGUUAUGAGUUUGACAGACAACAUUCAGCUUAUACUGGAUGCUAUGAGAAUGUCAACUGUUGUGGAAGUACAGGGUGAUAAAAUAAGAAGGCGUAAUGAUUGGGAGAGAUGGGUAAUGCCAGCUGCUGAGCCUCCAAAUGCCUCGGGCUCUCAAACCCCUGGAAAGGCCGGUCCGGAUAUGCUGUCAGCUCAUAUCCAAAGUAUUGCACUGGACGAGAACACCACUAACAACAACAAUGUUGAGAACAAUAAUCAGCCGCAGCUGUCAAGUGGUGAUGGAACAGGUCAAUUCGGUGUUCAAGCAGGUGCUGAUCGCUCUAUUUCAGCAAGAAAUUAGAGUUUGAGGGAUGGAUGUGCACAGACGAUGCACACUCGUGGAGAGAAAUGAACUUGUGGGAAGAGAGGCUUAAAAGACACGAUGGUGAAUAUCUAUUUUUUUUUUUUCUUUUUUUUCGAAAAUAGUACUACUGCCUUGGCAUGAUGUAACGUUCUUUCUUGCCUGGCAAAUAGAAAGAAACUAAAAAAAGGGGGAAAAGAGAAACAUCUAGGAACAGAAGCAAAAGACUAGUUGGGAUUCCUGUACUUAUUUUUGCUUCGUGUUUUUUUACUCCUGUUAAAUUUUAUGGUGGCAUGGAUGGUGCUUUUCUGGGGGGAAUUUUUGCUGUCAUUUCCCCAUGCUGCCCCCUCAGCUGAUUUUAACAAUCUUUGGGGUCAGACAACCUCCAUUUGACGGAGAAUAUGUGAUGAUGGAGGGAUGGAUGAAGGUGUUCGGGGCUUGCCUCUGCGUACUGAGGGGAGAGAGGGUGGCCCUUUGCCGGAUUCAGUUGGAUGCUGCUACAGCAAAAUUUGGCUACUUGUCGAAGGGAAGAUGGUCUAUCUUUUCGUAUGUUCUCACGUACAAAAUUAUAUAUUUAGAACUAAAUCGACAUAUAAUGUAUACCUUUCUAUGGAUCUUCACCAUUUGAGGAUUGAGUGCACAAAUGGUUCCUGGUGGAACAAACUGAUGAUGUUGUCCAGGUCGGAACUGGAUUGGGGCUGGUACUUCAUGUUUAUUGCACUUUUUGGAGCUUGUGGAUCUUUUCACCUGCUUAGGAUCAUCGGAUUAAGUUUUAUAUUUUAGUUAAAUGUACCUGAUGGUAUUAUUUAUUUAAUUCCUUUUUAUA